AUGGCACAAACCUACCCCGUCCUCCCAGAGAAACUCCUCCUUAUUUCACUCAAAAUGUACUUUACCCCAUCUCGCACUCUCGAUUACAUGCGCAACCUCCUAGACCCUGCCAACGAAAUCGUCAACCCCGCAAAUAGCAACAAGCUCCUCCUAGCUCUAAUCCCCGAUUUCCUAACCAUCUGGCCCUGCGCCGAGAUCCUAAAGGAAUACGAAUCCCAGCUCCUAGCAUCCGGCUCCAUAACUCCAGGAUCCUCUCCGUUCCUCCUCGGCGCUCAGGACUGCAUGUGGGAACAAUCCGGCGCGUUCACAGGCGAAGUCUCCCCCGCCUCCAUCCGCGCUUUGGGCUGCUCAAUCGUCGAACUUGGCCACGCAGAGCGCCGCGCGCUCUUCGGCGAGACGGAUGAGCAGACUGCGCGGAAGGCUGCAGCCACCUGUACGCAGGGUAUGGUUCCCCUCGUCUGCGUUGGAGAGAUUACGGCUCCUGGCGCUGUUGCAUCAGAGGCGGUCGGACAGGCUGUGAGUGAGUGUGCGGUUCUUAUCCGUGCCGUCCUCGCUGCUAUUCCGGUCGAUGCACCGGUGAUCUUUGCUUAUGAGCCUGUCUGGGCGAUUGGGAAGCCGAAGCCAGCUGGGGUGGACCAUGUUGGGGCCGUCGUGGAGGGAAUCAGGGGCGUGAUCGGGUCACGGCCUGCGAGGGUUUUGUAUGGUGGUAGUGCUGGCCCUGGGCUUUGGGGUGCGGGUGGACUCGGUAAGGCCGUUGAUGGAAUGUUUCUUGGGCGAUUCGCACAUGAAAUCGAGGGUGUGCGGAAGGUUGUCCGUGAAGUGGAGGAGAGUCUAGGUGUUGCGCCAUAA